UUUUUCCUACCUUUACCUGUCAAAAUAUCUGUUGUCAAAAAUCUGUUGGUAUUUGUAAAAACAUGUUGCUCGUGGAUUGUUUUAAUUGUGUAAGUGCGCCUCAGGUAGAGCUAUUUAGAUACAUGUUUAAGUCACAUUUGUUUUGAUCCAUGAUGUCAUGGAUUUAUUUGUCAUUUCAAGUCAGGCGUUUGUGUGUCAUGGCCCAACCCCACUUGGCUGCUCACUGUGAAAUAAAUCAUUCACAACGGUUGGGAGGACACCAUAAUCAUUCAUGUUAUGUACCACUGAAACCCGUGGAUCAAGUUUUUUUUUUCAGAGCUUGCUGGACUUUUGCCAUGACGUAAAUAAGGUGCGUAGCCUUUAACAACGGGCGUGGCUUCUUCUUGCAUGUCUCCGUGCAGCUCAAUGCGGAAGACAAACAGGGAACACAGAAGUCCUGAGAAAACUGAGAAAAAAGGACCUCAAGAAAGUUUCCAAGGAGUUUGACUUCAAUCACAACCAUGUGGCCAAAUCAAGGUCCUCAGCCUCCAGUGGGCCCACCAAACCCUGCCUUCCCUCCUGCCUACAACCCUGCAUAUCCUGUCGCACCUGCAUCAGGAUACUUCCCCCCACCUCAGAAUCCAGGGCAAUACCCAGCUGGGCAAUACCCAGCUGGGCAGUACCCAGCUGGACAGUACCCAGCUGGACAAUACCCAAAUGUACCCCCAGGGGGUAUGCCUCAUGGUGCCCCGGGUCUUCAUCCUUAUCCUAUGGCCCCGGGUGGAUAUCCACUAGUCCCUCCUGCAGGUGCUCACCCAGGUCCAUACCCGCACUCUCCAAAAGGGGGUCACCACAAAGGCCACAAAGGCCACAAAGAUCAUCAUCAUCAUGGAGGGUUAAAUCCCAUGGGUGGAGCAUGUGCCGGAGGAUUGGCUGGAAUGGGAAUGGGAAUGGGAAUGGGAGUGGGCGGACAUAACGCCCACAAAAAGAUGAAAAAGGUGAAGAAGAUGAAGAAAGCACAUAAGGGGCACAAACACGGAAAGUCCUCCAGCAGCAGUAGCAGCAGCAGCAGCAGCAGCAGCAGUGAUUAAGACUGAGUCCACCAGGCUUUUACAGAAAUGUUGCAUUAAAAAAGUGCAACCUUACUAUCAAAAAUAAACACACUAAAGUCAUACCUAUCACUUUAAAAAUGACAUACAAAUUGAAAAAAAUAUUAAAUAAAGGUACAAAAAAAGGUUUAAUCAUAUUUUGCAUGGGUUUUACUAUAAACUAAUGCAUAAGCUGUUGCUGUGAACUUUUCCACAGCAUUUUGCUGUGUUUGCAUUCCAUCAUGUCUCCAGUUUUGGGUGUUUUUGUAAAAGGUUCCACUACAGGUACAUUAGUGUGCAAAUAUUGAAAUAAUUUUAAUAUGAAAAUCUAACAUUGUGAUUUAGUUAAAGAAAAUAUGUGUAAUUGCUUUUUUUCUCUUUUCUUAGAAAUUUAACCUUGAGGUGGAAAAUGAUAUGGAUUGUCUUUAUUUAAGCUAAUAUAUAAUAUUGCUACACAUGAAUGUUGAAUGCAUGUAAAACACGUUUUGAAUGCUAAUAUGGGUUCAUUGCUACACAUGAAUGUUGAAUGCAUUGUUCUACAUUGCUUUGAUCUGCAUUAAUUGUUAUUAAAUGUAUAUAAAGGGUCUUCUAGUGACCUGUUUAAUAAAUGUAUUUAAAUAAAAAGAUUAACACAAUUUGUUGUUGCCAGGAUGGUACAUUUUUGAAGUUAAAAAGGAGUUGCAAUACAAUUCACACCCACCAGAGUGCCUAUAAAUAAGUAUUGUUAAACAUGAACAUGCUAGAAACAUUUGUUAAUCAUUCACCUAUUUGAUAAUUAUUUUUUUAAAGCACAUAA